AUGGUGAACCAAGGGAUGAUGCCGAAUGGCCCUCCCAACGGCAUCUUCGUGCAGCCGGACCAGCCUCCACGGCCAUUCACACUCCCCGAGGCAUUGCCAUACUCUCCGCAGACCUCCGUGAUCCCAUUUACCUCCGACCUCAUUCCAGAUCCGACCAUUGGCUCCGGUUCAUUGGCCGCGAGUGUCUCGCACCUCUUCAGCAGCCAAGAGUACGACAACCUCAACAAAGAGGCGACCGGUCCGAACCAGAAUCAUGGGUUGAAACACCUGAAAUAUGCAGUGGAUCAUGUGCUUCACGAUCUGAAGCCGAAUCAGCGGACUUAUUACAAGUUCAAGUCCGUACCCAAGCCGAACCUCAACUCCAAUGCGAACCCGACUGGCGGCCAUCAAGGCCUAAGUGCUGGACUCUCCCCGGUGGCCAAGAUGAUGUUCGAUAGGGCACCAACAUUCAUCAAGCCUCCGCCGGGAGCUGCACCGCAGAACGGACAAGUUGUGUUGAAUCCUCCGCCGUCGCAACCUCCUCCGACACCAAAGAGCGUUGCACCUCAGCCGAAACAUACGUCGGCUCAUACAGACACGCAUCAAAGGAGCAAUUUCAGAUUCGAAGUCGCUAUUCCUUCCAAGAAAUUCGAUCCUAGCGCCUAUGUCGAAGUUCCUGACCACGCAGCCCCGCAACCUGUUCGCAAAUCAAAUGAGAGGGAAGUCGCGACCCCGACCAAACCUCUUUCCGCCCAACAAACACCAACGCAGGCUCCCAAGCCAUUACCACCAGCACCUGCGCAGUCAACUCCAAAACUCGAGCCCGCCCAAAUUGCUCCUGCCGAACCUGCACCUACCGCACAACCACCUCAACCUCAACCCACCCAACCCUCCUUUGCACCCAAACAACUCACUCCGCCAGGAGCGCCCGACGCUCCGAAGCGCCCUGCUAUUACGAUAGACCUUCCUCAUGCACCCGGUUUCAGCAAAGACGAGUACCUUGAGAUGGUCGUCCCGGAUUCACCAGACGAACCAACGGGUCUAUCAAUGCGUCGACUAGACGGCGGUUACCAAGACAGAGACGACAAGAUCAACAGCAAUCUCAACACACGACAGCGAGCUGAGGAAGCAUUGCAGGAGUUCGAAAGACUGACUAAGGGAAUCUUCGACGCCAUUAGAAAUGUGCUGGGAAGUGAACCUGGCUAUCAGCAUAUCGCAACGCUGAGCAGCGACAACGAGCCCAUCCUCACCGCUUCGAUACAGCAGAAGCUGCAAACGUCGGUCCAGAAGAUGAUUGACCUUGGGAGCUAUGGCGACGCCUCCAUCGACGAACUUCAACAGAUCCAGAAGUUGAGCGAAUACGGUCUGUCGCACAUGCUCAACCUGGAUUUCAAAAUCGACGAGUCCUGGGGAGGAUCGGAGGUGUCAGACUGGCUGAACCAGCUACCCGAUAUCGAGAUGGGUCUCAAGACUGCGCGUACCUGCCUGCGCAUAAUGUGCGGCGGCAGAGAAGAAAAGCAGAUUUACUCGGAAGAGAUCAUUCAGAAAUGUGUCGACGUAUUCAAAGGUGUGGUCGAUGGCAUCGUCAUCCCGAUUGUCGAGAUGCGUGGUUCCGGCUCCACAUCUGCCCUGUUCAAGCUGCUGCAGCCGCACAAAAAGGCGAUUGGCACUGUUUUGACGAACUGCCAGAAGCUCUUCGCUUUACUCGCCAAACUCGUCACUUGCAUCGAUCUGUCAGAUACCGCUCUCGGCAGCUUAGAGUUUGCGGCUUCCGGCCUGUUGUUUGUCGACAAUGCUUACCUGGACAAGGACUCCGUCGUCGGCACCCAGAAGUUCGACGGUAUUCGCCUGGUUGCCAUGGACAUGCUUUGCCAGAUUUUCCUCGCAAAGCCCGAUCAGCGCCGCGGUAUUUUUGACGAUAUUCUCACCUCUUUGGAAAAGCUGCCCGUCGGAAAGCAGAGUGCCCGCCAGUUCCGUUUAUCGAAUGGCUCAAACAUUCAACCAGUCUCCGCUUUGAUCAUGCGUUUGGUGCAAGCAAGUUCUAGCAAGGUGGAAGAGAAGGGCGCACGCAGCCGGAUGGCAAUGAUGGACGAUGACGAUGAUGAGGAGAUGCCUCUCGCCGGCAAGCACGACAUAAAGGCCACCAUCAAGUCCGAAGAAGCUGGAGCCUCCCAACACGAACUCGCACUCGAGGAACUCAAGGCAGUGGCACUGCCCCUGGCCGAAGGCGCGACUCACCAUGCUAACUACAUUGUCAACUUCAUGGUCAACCGUGCCUUGAAGUCUACCAAGUCUGGAGAUACGCCCUACCGCAACUUGCUGGACCUUUUCGUCGAGGACUUUACGGAAUGUCUCGAUUCACCGGACUGGCCUUCUGCGGAACUCAUUUUACGACAGCUAACUUUCUACAUGAUGAAGCUAUGGGAUGGAGAGAGAACGGCAGCCCCUGCCAAGAACAUGGCCCUCGAACUACUUGGGGUCAUGAGUGCUGCUAUCUCCAAGUUGCGGUCUCAUGUUCGAAGAACAGCCAAUUCCACCGACAGCAACGGCAGCGAACUGUCCCGCUAUCUAGCUGAUUUGGCAACAUCGGCCUUGGAACAGAAGUCUCGCAUCGAACACGACGUCUCCUGGUCAGGCCCUUAUCGGGCGACCCUUGAGCAUCUUCAGGAGCGCAGCAGCGAUGAUCCUCAUGUGCAGGGCGCCAUCUCCUUCAUGAUCGCCAACUGGGCUUACAGGAUCUUUGCGGGAUACGACGCAAUGCAAGAUACAAACGAUUCCCUCGACCAAGAAUUCGGGCGUCUCGCAUUCCGGUUGCGCAUGAUGAUUGAGGACCGCCGAUGGCUAUCGAACGAGUACACCUUCAAGAAUGUCAGCAAGGAACUGGGAAAGCUUUCGUACGAAAUCAUCUUGCUUCGGACACCGUUCUGUGAGCACUUCCAGGCAAUGCUCAACGUGCUACUAAAGGCCAUGGCUAGUGACCAGGCCACUGUUCGUAGCAAGAGUCUGAAGAGCAUCAACCACCUCCUGGAGACCGAUCCUGCCAUCCUCGAUGGCGAUUCCGUCGUUGUCCACCUCAUCAUCACCUGCGCGGGCGAUUCAUCCCCUCAGGUACGCGAUUCUGCAAUUGGUCUCAUGGGCAAGUGUAUUGGCCUUCGCCCCAGAUUGGAAGACAAAAUGGCGGAGAGGAUCAUUGAGAGGUUCAUUGAUUCCGGCAUUGGUGUGCGCAAGAGAGCGAUGAAGUUGGCCAAGGACAUUUAUCUGCGCAACCAGAGCAGAGAGAUCCGCAGUGCCAUCGCCAACGGCUUGCUCCAUCGCGUUCAAGAUCCAGACGAGGGCGUGAGAGACCUUGCUCGCCAGAUGAUAGAAGAAGUCUGGUUCGCUCCGUUCUAUCAAGUCGACGACACCGCAACUUACAAGACGUCUCUCACCGACCACGUUGCCUUGAUGAUUCAAACUGUCAAGUCGGGGAAUGUGGGUGCCGUCCUAGACAAGGUGCUCCAGUCUAUCCUCGGCGGCCAAAACAAGGCUCAUAACGGGCCCUUUGGUGUCAGCAUGAAGUUGGUCGAAAAGAUGUUCGAGCUCAUCGACACUCUUGACUCAGACGAUCCCACCAUUCCAUCCGGACGAGAUGCGCUUCAGGUCCUCCAGAUCUUCGCAAAAGCAGACGCGAAGCUGUUCACCUUCGAAGAGAUUCGACUCUUGAAGCCUCAUCUUGCCAGCUUCAGUGGUACAGACGACCUGACUGUCUUCAAGGCCGUAACUGUCAUCUAUCGCCAAGUUUUACCGCAGCUUUCUGCCAAAUAUGCGGACUUCCUCCGUGAAUUGCGAGAACAGCUACAAAAUUCUGUUGGUAGGUUGAACAAAGUCCUCCUGGACGACGUCAUUGCCUGCUUGUGGAUCAUCGCGGAACUUCUGGACAACCGCGAUAAGUUGGCCCACUUGGGUGCCUCCAGUCUCCGUGGAGUGGCUAGCAUGCGCAACACGGCGAUGGACGCCACCAAGCUGCAGAAAUUUGGCAGAUAUUCUAUUAUCGUGGGAAUGGUCGGCAAGCACUGCGACUUGGACUCUGAGAUUGCGGUCUUCAAAAAGAUCUUCCCCAAGUACUCUGGCACAUCCGUCGCGAAGCUCAUGGUCGACAAUCUAGCGCCUUGGGCCGACGCCUCACAACCCAUGGAGGCAAGAAGACAUGCUUUGGACGCUAUCGGUCUUAUCUGUCAGGCGCACCCCAGAAACUACGUCUCGCCGAACGUGUACACCAAGUUCCAGCAGGUGUUCGAGACUAAGAUUCCGGCUCUUGAGAGCACCAUUCUCCGGUCUUUCAAGGAAUUCCUUCUCACUGAAGAGAGACGGUCCGAGGCUGCUAGCGCUGCUGCGGCCGGCGGCCCCGAGGGUGACAAGAAGCGCGAGCUGACUGUCAUGGGCGGAACCAGCUUCGACGACGUCGCGAGUGCAACAACUCAGCGUUUCUUGAAGGAGAUCACCCGCAUCGCCCUAGCAACACAGGACGAGCAUGCUUUCCUCGCAGUGGAGGUACUCGGCAGCAUCAACCGACAAGGUCUCGUGCACCCAAAGGAGACGGGCGUCACCCUCAUCACGCUAGAGACUUCCUCGGUCCAGCGAAUUUCAGAAGUUGCCUUCAUGGAGCACCGAGCUCUUCACGAAAAACACGAGACAGUCAUCGAACGAGAGUAUGUGAAGGCGAUCCAGGCUGCGUACGAGUAUCAACGGGAUAUUGUCCACGACACGCGCGGCGCUUCCGAGAACCCCUUUCAAUCCAAGCUUCAUCUCUUGAUGGAAGUGCUCAAAGUGAGCAAGACGAAGAACCGGCAAAAGUUCCUAGAGAAACUUGUAGGCCAGGUGGAUUUCGACUAUUCCAGUCUGGACGUCUCUGGCCAGAUGCCGCCUCAUGUGGAUUUCUCGCGAUUUAUCAUUGAAAACCUUGCCUUCUUCGACUACAUCACUGUUGGUGAAGCAUUGGUUACUGUCAACACCAUGGAGAAGAUCUUCUCGUCGACAGGCUCGAGCAUGGCUCACGUGAUCGAGUCCGAGGUCUUCAACAUGCGCAUGGACUUGGAUCAGCCGGCCAACCUGCAAGCUGAUGGUCAGCCGCUGCACCCGCAGCCAACUAUUCCAGAGAAAAGGCUACGACAACUCGCGUCGGGCUCCAUCAUCUUGCUGUGUCUUUGGGAAGCUCGGACGUAUCUUCGACGUCUCUACGGUCUCAAGCGUGAGAUGAAAGCCAAGCCGGCAGCCAAGGAUCUGAGCAAAGCGCCUACCAAAGUGCAGGGUGUCACAGGCGACAAGUUCUGGGAGGAAGUAGCAUCACACAUCAACGGUCUCUCUUCCCAGGAAGCCAUCUUGGCAAAGUGCAAGACGUUUGUCGAGCUGAUGAACGUUGAUAAGGAGUUCAAGGUUGCUGAAGAGGACGAUCUUGACGGCGAAGGCGAAGGAAGCCAUAGCGAGGACGAGGAAGAAGGAGCGGCGGCCGAUGGAAGAGGUCGAAAGCGCAAGGCCGGCAGCAACCCCGUCGGACGGCCCAAAAAGCGACAGCGCUCUACAUCUCGCCCGCGACCCCGAGGACGCCCACGCAAGAACCCAGUCGAGGUGGAAGAAGACGCCGAAGCAGACUUGGACGAUAUGGACUUCAUCUGA